UUCAGAUGGGUUGCUUGCCAACUUCAGGUCCUGUGGGGGUGUCAUACCAUUCAAGAACUAGAUGAAGCUCUCAAGUCCUUACCCGCCACGCUCGAAGAGAUCUACGAAAGGGAGCUCUUGACAGUCGAAGAGAGGAGGAGUCAAGGGUUUCGCCAUAUUUUGCAAUGGUUGUGUUACUCAAAGCGGCCCCUGAAGCUCGACGAAAUGGCCGAAGUGUUUGCGAUUGACCAAGGGACAAAUUCGCGGCCGCACUACGAUCCCCGACGACGGUUAGUAAAUGCAACGAGAUUCAUUCACAAGCAUAGCAAUCUGGUCUCGGUGGUGCUGGUCAAGUCAAAAGGCGAGCCGCACAAAGAGCUGCGGCUAGCCCACUUGUCCGUCCGAGACUACCUUAUAGGGAGCAAGAUUGUCGGUUCGCCGGCGAAGAUUUUCCAUAUAACGGAACUAUCAGCACACCAGAGCAUAGCGGAAGCGUGUAUUGUCUACCUCCAGCAAAUCGGCACCCCAGAGAAUUCCCCAAAGACCUACCCGCUUGCCCGAUAUGCUGCGCAGUUCUGGUCCUAUCAUGUCCAUGUUACAACCACCGCUGCAACCACCGCCGCUGCGACUGAUCAGUCAUCUGGCACGCUGAUAAUUAUGUCGCUGUUGGUCAUUGAACUUAUCACUCAGGUCCUGAGAGUCUUUGGUCUGUCUCCCACCAUCUCCCAACAGCUUUUGGGGGAAAAUGAUGUGCACAUCAACCUAAACUGUCUUUGCGUGGAGCUUCUCACCACCCCUCAAAAGUACAUCAGGUAUUUUGAUCCAGACACGCCGUGGAUUCACAAUCCCGAUAUCUCCCGGUCCGUCGAGUCGCUACCAUCGGCUCUGUACUACGCUGCCCACGCCGGCCUGGCUGAUUCAGUCAGACAGCUACUCGCCCAAGGGCUAGAUGUUGAUGCUGUAGGCGGCCGGUACGGGACAGCUCUGCAGGCAGCAGCCUGCAAAGGACAUCGGGAUGUCAUCAAAGUGUUGCUUGCUAAAGGAGCCCAGGUAAACCAGUAUGCGGGUGAUUACGGCUACGCACUGCAAGGGGCAUGCUGCUACGGCCAUGAAGAGUGCGCGACGCUGCUUAUUGACCACGGAGCGGAUGUUGAUGCUCGAGGCGGAGAGCAUCACACGGCGCUGCACGCAGCAGCGUUCAAUGGAUACGAGAAAGUUGUGAAGCUGCUGGCCGAGCGAGGUGCCACGAUAGACGUUACCGACUCACCCAACGGCCGUACCGCCUUGAUCGAUGCAGCAAGAGAAGGGCAAACAACCGUCGUAGAGCGCCUUCUCCAACUUGGGGCAAACAGUCUGAUCCGCGAUAUGGGCGGCUGGACGGCGCUAAAUGAAGCGGCGCCUGCGGGUUUUGACGCCAUCGUCCGCAUCCUCAUCGAGCACAACCCUUCCAUUCUAACGUCACGGGACCCCCUCGGCUAUUCAGCGUUGGACCACACCGCAGGACAGCAUCACGUGUCGACGGUCCGGUUGCUCUUGGAGAUGGGCAUUGACGUGAACUCAAAGACCAACGAGGGACGCACAGCCCUUUUCAGAGCGGUAAAAUUAGGAAACAGAGCCGUCGUUGACCUGCUCAUUAAGCACGGCGCCGUCGUGUCUUUGACGGACAGAGGGGGGUGGUCCGCCUUGCACAUAGCUGCGCACCAUGGGCAGGUGGAGGCGGGGGAGGCCUUGUUGCAGGCCGGGGCUCCGAUCCAUGGCGGCCCGGACGGCUGGACACCAUUACACAUUUCCAUACUGAGGAAACGAACCUGCUUUGUCAAGUUGCUGCUUGAGAGCGGCGCCGACGCCCAGGCCAAGACGGUCAACGGCGUGUCAGUCAUGGACUGCGUUGAUCUCCAUCACGAGUACCUAGCGGAGCCCGAAAAGGGGAGGCUCAAGAUCGACAACAUGUGGCUGACCAGGACGGGGCUCCGUAGUGCGGCGAGUCAUGGAAGGGAUGCCCGGAUCAGGGAGCUGCUCGACCGCGGCGCUGACAUCGAUGCGAGAGAUGAAGGCGGCUUCACUGCUCUCAUGUGGGCUGUAGAUGGCGGUCACUUGUCAACUGUGCGUCUCUUGGUCGAGAACGGCGCGGAUCUGGACGCGCGGAGCGAUCAAGAGGGCAACACUGCUCUCAUGUUGGCUGCGAUGCAAGUAAGCCCGUCAUCGGUUAUGCAUCUUUUGGUGGAGCAUGGGGCGGAUGUCAACGUGCGGAACAAUGACGGCGAGAGUGCAAUGGGCUAUCUUGACAAACACAAGCAAGCCGAUUGUAUAAAAUUACUCUGCGAAUAUGGUUACAGAGAGGAAGAGACCCCGCGGGAGAUGCCAGUCCUUGAUCCCAGUCAGGAGGUCCUCCAAAACAUCCGGAAGUUGCUGGAGGAAAGCAUAAAUCAUGUUAGAUAG